AUGCAAUAUGUUGAACAACAAGAGGAAGUCAGAUCCAAUUCUAGAAAAAGCCUAGAAUUUAAACAUGGAGUAUUCACAUAUAUUGAUACUCUAUAUCAGUAUUUUGCACAUUGCAUCGAAUUGGGUGUUGGUAAUAAAGAAGAACACGCAGUGCUUCUGUGUAAUUAUCUUCUGUACAUUGGGAAAAAAGCCUGGGUAUUAUUAGGAACAUCUGUGUUAGAAGGGAAAGUAGCUUAUGUUGCAACACAAGAAAAUGGAGAAUAUUUUCUGUGGAAUCCCCUGAGCGGCCACUGCUAUAAGCAGUUUGAUGCAUUUUGCCCCCUACAGAGUGUUGAUUGCUUAAUCAGCUGGGAAAAUGUCUGGUUUAACAUUCAACAAAACAAUUCACCAAUGUGCACCAGUUUUGACAUUUCAAAAGAAAGCUUUUGGAAACAAUUACUUCCAUACAAUUUCCAGAAUUCAAAAACACAAACUGUGCAGCCAGAAAAAAUAUUUUAUGUUGCAACGGAUGGAAGUUUGGUAGAUGAAUUACAAAAUAGAAUUGAAAAAACAUUAAAAAAUAAAAUAAUGGAAUGGCGAUCUCAUCUUCCAACUCGAUGGCAUCGACAGUGUACUAGUGUUUUAAGACAAAUUCUUCCUAAGCUUGAGCUUAGAAAUGGACAUAUAACCAAAGAAAAAGAAGAAAGUUAUUUGGAGGCUUUUCAAGAGCAUUAUUGGGUUACAGGAUUUCCUUUACAGAUGCCAUACCUAGAUAUCCCAUCAAUAACUGAGGCGGUUUAUCAGACAGGAAUUCAUUCUUCAGAAAUUCCCUAUACAGAAUUUGCUCUUGCUGUGUAUGUUCAUCCUUAUCCAAAUAAGAUUUUAUCUGUUUGGAUCUACUUAGUAUCUUUGGUUUGUCAUCAGUAA